CUUCCUCCUCCGCACCCCCAUUUCCUUCUAGAAGAAACAAUUGGGGUUUGGUUGGUGCCCCCUCCCCUCCCAGCCGCCAAGAUGGCGGAGACAAGUGAGGAUAUCGAACAAAUGUUCAGCAACUUGCUGGGAGAAAUGGACCUCCUGACCCAGAGUCUAGGAGUGGAAACUCUUCCGCCUCCUCCCAAACCACCAAAUACAGAAUUUACUUACAGUGUCGGUUUUAAAGAUCUCAGUGAGUCACUGAACGCCCUGGAGGACAAGGAUCUGGACGCGCUAAUGGCCGAUCUGGUGGCAGACAUCAGUGAAGCUGAACAGAGAACCAUCGAGGCCCAGAAGAAGUCGGCCCCGGGCCAGCCAAGUGCAGCCUCCCAGCCCCGACCCGACUUGAGCGUGGCAGCCUCACUCAGUUGCAAACCGUACGUGGCGGCCUCUGAAAGCAGCCUGUACUACGAGGAUGACCUGCCACCUCCACCUGCGGAUCCCAUCUUCGAUCUUCCCCCACCACCUCCCGAACCCCUCAGUAAGGAAGAUGAAGAAGCCCAAGCCAAAUCUGACAAAAUAAAGCUUGCACUGGAAAAACUGAAAGAGGCCAAAGUUAAAAAGCUCGUUGUCAAGGUGCACAUGAACGAUAACAGUACCAAGUCGCUGAUGUUGGAUGAAAGGCAGACGGCGCGGGAUGUUUUAGACAAUCUCUUCGAGAAAACCCACUGCAACUGUAACGUGGAGUGGUGUCUCUAUGAAACAUACCCAGAGCUUCAAAUUGAAAGGUUUUUUGAAGACCAUGAAAACGUGGUGGAAAUCUUAACAGACUGGACAAGAGAUACUGAAAAUAAAGUGCUGUUUUUGGAGAAAGAUGAAAAGUAUGCUGUUUUUAAAAAUCCUCAGAACUUCCUCUUGGCUAACAAAGGGAAGAAAGAAGGCAAGGACCCAAAUGAGAAAAUGAAUCCUAAAAACAAGGAGGCCCUCCUGGAGGAAAGUUUCUGUGGGACAUCUGUCAUCGUGCCAGAACUUGAAGGAGCUCUUUAUUUGAAAGAAGAUGGAAAGAAGUAUUGGAAGAGGCGUUAUUUUCUUUUACGGGCUUCUGGAAUUUAUUAUGUCCCCAAAGGCAAGACUAAGACGUCACGGGACUUGACCUGCUUCAUUCAGUUUGAAAAUGUAAAUGUGUACUACGGGACACAGUACAAAGUGAAAUAUAAAGCUCCAACUGACCACUGUUUUGUCUUAAAGCAUCCCCAAAUUCAGAAGGAGUCACAGUACAUCAAGUACCUCUGCUGUGAUGACUCGUGGACUCUAAAUCAGUGGGUGACCGGGAUAAGGAUCGCCAAGUAUGGCAAGACACUCUACGAUAACUACCAGCGAGCAGUGGAAAAGGCCGGCCUGGCUGCAAGAUGGUCAAACCUGGGGACCGGAGACCCGGCUGCCACAACAGAUGUCCCGUCUGAAUUAGUUAAAUCCAAGGGUCCCACCCAACAUCUCCUCCUGCAAAGGCUUUUGGUUCGAGGGCACAGCAACAGACCCUUAGCAAGGGUUGAAUGCGAAGGCCAGUCCCCCCGGCAGGUUAACAAAAUGCUCUCUCCUCCGCCCUUGCUGCCUCCAACAGAAGCAGUACCAGUUUUCAGUGUGCCCAGGAACCAUUUCCAGUAUAAUCUCUGGGUCAGUGGUGACCUGUGGUGCUCAAGAAGGCAGCAGAGGAGCCUGACUUACUUCCUCUGCCACCCUAGAGAGAGUGCAAAAGAGUUUGCAUCUACAGGUCCUGGGCAGCCAAAUGGACAGAUCCCCCAGACCACCCACCCUGUCAGCUCGGUUUUGCAAGAUGCACAGAAAGACUUCAGCAUGGCUAAGGAGCCAAAUGUGGCUGGAGACUGUAAUCCACCAGCACCUACGGUCAAGCACUCCAAAAAGUCUGCCCUCUUACCACCACCGCCACCUCAGCGGCGAUCUUCUGACACCAGCUCUGUUCCUUCAGUGCCGUCCAAGCCCCAAAACGCUGGCACGGGGAACCGUUCAAGUCUGGAAGAUUUUCCUCUCCCUCCGCCCUUACUCGAAGAUGAGUUGCCACCCCCUCCACCUGAUUUUAUCGAUGACCCUCCUAGUUUUGUACCCCCCCCACCUCCUUCACUUACCGUUGGUGGAUUACACUCAUCACCCCCACCCCCGCCGCCUCCACCUCCUGCCGCAUCCAGGGAAAAACUCGCUCCUCUCACAAAGAGACCUCCCGCUCCUCCCAAGCGACACGAUCACGCCGGCCAGGCGGGGGAACCCAACAAGGGGCCCAGCGGGGAAGCAGAUUUCAUGUCUGAUCUAAUGAAAGCUUUACAGAAGAAGAGAGGUAACGUUUCUUGAAGAUGCCACGGACGUUUCUUUGGGCCAGUUCUUUCCCUAAUUUUAAUUCAUUUCUCAAUCGAAUUUUUGUGAACGGAGGCAAAAGUGAUAGACGUUUUUGGUUUUGUACAAACCCAAGAAUCCGGGGCAGCAGCGAGGUCUAGUGGAAAGAGCAUGGGCCUGGAAUUCAGAGGAGGAGGAGGAGUCAGACUUUGGGUAACUUUGG